GACCAGCAUACACAACCCCCAUGAGCAGUUUAUUAAACAAUUAUUUUCAAUAAUGUCGUGUAAAUUAUUUAGUUUUCUUUAAUAAAUGGCUGAAGAUACGACUCCUUCCGUAUCUCCAGUCGCUACAGCAGUCGUUCUCUCCCUAUUUACCAUCAUAUUUCUUUUAUUAUACUUCUUCAAGUUUAGAUCUAAGCCGAUAUUCCCAGAGCCUGAGGAAGGAGGCUCAGUUUCAUCUCAUCGACCGAAUAUUGUAACACUGGAUGAAACAAAUGAAGGUGUGACCAACGAGGACGGCGAGGACGAGGAUAAACCCAAAAAGAUGCUAACUGCCAAACAGAGGAAGCGUCAAGAAAUAAAAGAGGAGAGAAGGCGGCUGAAAGCGCUGGAAGAUGAAGAACGUGAGGAGAGAAGGAAACUGCUUGCCAAGAAGCAGGAGCAGAUAGAGGCAAAAAGACUUGAAAGGGAAACCUUGAUGGAGGAGCAGGAAAGAAAGAAACGAGAGGAAGAGGAGAGGGCCUACCAGGAGCUUGCCGCUACCUUCGUUGUAGAGAGUAAAGGAACAAUUUCUGAAACGAACCAGUACACAGUUGACGACUUUAUCAAUUACAUCGUUUCAAAAAAAUUAUCCAACGUUGAAGAGUUGUCAGCUCGGUUCUCUCUGAAAGCUAGUGAGGUUAUUAAGCGUAUUCAGGAACUAGAAGACCAGAAUAAGCUUUUUGGCCUACUGGAUGACCAGGGCCGAUACAUUUACAUCACUGAUGAUGAAUCUGAAGCAGUAAUAGCCUACUUAAAGUCAAAGGGUAAAUUACAUAAGCAGAGAGAUUUACUUUCCUUCUUCAACUCGACGAUUUCCCUAGAGUCAAAGCCUGACUCAAAUGUCGUGGAUUUAGAGGACGAAGAAUAGCAAUUGUACAAUAUUAAUAACCUGUAAUAUAUUGUUAUUAUUUUA